AUGAAGACGAUAACAAUCCUCACCUUCCUAGCCACCACCACCCUCUCCCUGGCGCAAACCUCCCCCCAAACCAUCCCCACCAUCCUCAGCAUCCGCGGCGCCAACUCAGCCGGCUGCUUCUCCGCCACGAGCCUGAGCCUCGCCCUACAACCCAAUACCCUCAAGCUCGACUUCGCCGACAUGCGCGCCAGCGUGUCGCCAGCCGACGAGUACGACAGCGAGGCGGCGAUCUGCGUGAUGUCGAUCGAGCUCGGGGCGUUUCCCUCGGGGUGGCGGUUCGCGCUGGAGGACGUCACGUACACGGGGCACGCGAAGCUGAGCGGGGGCGCGAGGCUGGAGAGCUUUGCGGCGAACGCGUACUUCCAGUGGGAGCAUUUGAAGAACAGCGAGCCGAUCAAUGAGCCGACGGUCAAGAAUGCUUCGGGGUCGUAUCUGAUGAACAUUCCUCGAGCGAGAGUGGACUUCGGGAGCACCGGGUUCUACGACGCAGACUUCAAGGUCCCGAUCCGCAACGACAAGCCCGCCUGGUCCCCGUGCUUCACCGGCGCCGAGUACUCGUACGACGACAAGAUGCAGGUGCAGUUCCAGUUCCAGGCCUACCUGACCAAGGAAGGGUACUCGAAGACGGGCAACGGGGUCUUUGGACGACUGGUCGGCCCGGCUUUGACGGCGACGUUUGGGGUGGUGUGGGAGACGUGCGAUCCGGUGGAGAGGAAUGCGUGGGGCCAGUUUCGGAUGGGCGAUUAUGAGAGUUGUCAGCGUAUAGAUCCGUCGGGGAGCUCUGAUGAUAAGCCGACUGUGCAUUGGUGA